AUGAGGCCUCUGCCAUCGGAAUUUACUGCUCUCUAUAGACUAUUCUUGCGAGCAACGUCUGCAGCUGUUUUGCACAAUGGUCCUGCAACGCGGGGCCUGAGGCGAAUGUAUCGUCCUACGUCUGAAGCAGCCGCGUCUGUUUUUAGGCGCUUAGAAAGCGUCGCACCCGGAUCUAGUGAAGCCGAGAGUGCAGAAAGGUGGAUGAGUGCUUUUGAUGAUCGUGUAAACAAUACUUUGAUGUUGCUGCACAUCUCUGCUCAUUCUCGUGGACUUCCACACAGCGUCGUCUCUCGUCUCUUUCUGCUAUCGCGAUCCAACUAUUCAUGGAACAAGUUUCGCCGGGCUUUGAAUACUCGUACCUGGCUACCGAAUCUUGAUCGUAAUUCACCAGAAUACACAACUAUGCGCCCGUCCGCUUACUCGUCAGUUGCUCGGAAGAACGCGGGAAAGAGAAGAGUUGAAGAAGAAGAGUCGGAGAAGAUGUGGGGCGCGCUUGGAGAAUGCAUCAGUAUGGCAGAAGGAAGAGACGGCUUGAUUUAUGGGAAAGCCCAAUUCCAAGCGCAGAAAAUUAGAAAAAGGAAAUUCUUUUGA